AUGCGGAGUGCCCUCUCGACAACGGGCACGAGACACAGGCACACCCGGGGACCCACUAGCACUACCCGCAUCACCCCACUACACAUGCCGUCCUCCAGGGUGCACCCUGACGUGAGGGCGAUGGUGGUCGUCGUGGACGUGGCCCGCCCUCUUGCGCAGGCGACAGUCUCUUCCUUGCCAACGACGGCCCUUGCGGUUGAGCGCCUCGAGAUCGACGUGGAUGUUGUACCCUGUAGCACAACGGUAGCCGCGCUGCUCACUGAUGUGGCGGUGGCUCUGCAGGAGAUGCAGCUGACCAUGUGUGUCUCCCUGCAGGCGGCCGCGUUGGCAUCAGGGAGAGUGUUGCCUCCGGUAGCGUGGAUACGGGAAGCCGUGGGGGUCAAUGGUAGCAGUGGCUUAGACAGACGGCAACGCUCAUGGAUCCCGUUUCUCGGACGCCGCUACGCAGAAGCUGUGCAGCACGCACCGAACUCCGUAGACUCCCGCCACAUGCCCGCUGCGGCGCCUGCGCUGUCGUCCUCGCUGGUGCUUCGCAUCGGGAGCGACUACGUCGUGGAAGACACGGCAGGGCAACUCAGCCCGCCAACCGCCGUCUGGUCGGUUGUGCCUCAGCCAAUGGAGGCCGCCAGCAGCAUUGCAGGCAAGGCACCUGCACAGGCAGCACUACCUAUCGCGUCCUCCCUCCAUCUGCUGACCCCAGACCCCGCGUCAGAGGGUGUCGCAGUGGAGGCACACGGCGCUCUGCACGCACCUCUUGCUGCUCUGCCCUCACCCUCACGAGGCGGCGCUGCGACGGUGAUGCCCGCCUCCAGCCGCGUUCGUGGCGGCGAUCUGCUCCCUGGCUCUCAGACCACCGUAGCCUCCGCCGCCGUGGAGAGAGCUGCCGCAGAUUUCAGUCACGACGAGUGCUUGUCGAUGCCCUCCCUUACUGUCGGCUCCACUGCGCCGCCACCGUCGCCACAGCCACCUCUCCCGCAGCAGCAGCCACCGGCACCCGUCUUAUCCCUCAAAGAUGCUGACGCGGUCGCCUUCGGCCACCUGCAGGCCCACCAGGCACAAAUACUGACUCGUGACGCUCAACGCUGCGACGACUCGCCCAACGCCAGCACCCACGUUGCCGCCCCUGCGGAGGGGCAGAGGCACCUUCAGCGCACUCUUUCCUGGGCCGCGGCCGAGACUGCCGUGCAGGCGGAGGUGGAGCGUCUGCAGGCAGAGCACGUGCUCACCGGAGAGCAGGGAGAGGGGGGCGCAGCGACAGCGACGAGGAGGGGCGCAGGUGCAAAUCUCAAUGAUGCCGCCAGAUGUGCUACACGCGAUGAGACGGCGAUACACACAGCAGGGCGGCGGGACGGCGGCUCUGCCUCCGACACAUUGUCUCCACCGCGACUGCGAGCGCCGUCGCUUGCGGCAGCCAGAGAGGAGAUCGGUGCCUAUGAGCGCGAAACAGCGGCGCUGCGCCGGGCAACGGAGAAGGCACGCCAGUGGCGAGAGUCGACGAAGCAGCAGUUGCGCGAGGAGUUCGCACGGCUGGAGAGGGAAGCAGCCGAGCGGAGUGCGGCGCUGGCAGAGCGCGACGUGCUGCGGCGCCGAGUGGAGCAACUGGAGGCGCAGGUGGCUGCUGCGAAGGCGGUGGAGGUGGCGCUGCUUGCGACGCAGGGGACCGCGGCCGUGCUCCCACCCGCGUCAGCAGAUGCCCAGCGGGUAAAGAGAGGUUGCCGAGGGACAAGCGGCUCUGCCAAAUCGCACCGGCCGUACGUGACAGCGGCGAUCGCGAUGCCGGCCCUCGAGUGUUUCAGUGAGACUUCCGCAUCGGAGCAUGGCGACUCCUCCGAGCACUCGUCGCCACCACUGCCGCCUGAGCCAGCGUUGCCGCCGCCGCCACAGGCUUACCGAUCGGCGCCUCGCGUGAACGGAUAUGCCGCGGAAUUCGGCAUGGGUGCGCAUUGCUGGUCUGGUAGGCGUGUUUCGCUUACCCAUUGCGACAGGGCAGCAGCGCCAACGACAAGCACUGCAUAUCCGCUGCCUGCAGCACAACGGCAGCCCUCGCACAGUCGGAGCGGGUUCGCUAUGGAGAGAAGCUUCCUGUCACCGUCCCUUGAGGCCGAGGUGCGGGCAGCGCUGGAGAGCGACGACGACGACGACACUGGUUCGUCCGUCACAGACAGCCGCAGCAACGGCACGGCGAGCACCGAGGCAACGGUCGAAGGUGGUAGCGGGUGUGGCUGUGACACGAUUGCGGGGAAGGGUGCAGAGGCGGCGCGGCAGCCACCUGCGGUGGGGACGCGACGGCGAGGGCAGCGAUCGACUGCCACCGCGAGUCGCACCGCAGGCGAUGCUUCAUCCGAGUUGCUCAGGGCUUCUUGGAUGACUGUGGAUACCGCUGCUCCUGCUGCGGCUGGUGCUGCCGUCGAUGCAACUCCGUUCUGCACGGCCGCCAGGACCGCCUCGUCGCCGUACCCCGCCAGCCCCUCUGCGACGUCUCCACAUCCGCACCGGGCGGGUGCAGCAGCGUUCGCUGUCCUGCCUCGCCCCAGUGGCGGUGGCGAAGGCACCACAGGGCACGGAGUCGGCGCCUAUCGGCAACCGCGGAGAGGAAUGGCGAAGGUGACAGCGACUGCCUCUGGUGCUGGGUGCAGCGCCACUGCUGUCCAUCUCAGGCUCGCAGACAGGCACCUUGCUCGUAUCGCUCUCGGCGACGGUGACGUGACGUCGUCGCCGAUGGACGUGUCGAGUGUGCGUGACACCAGCCGCCGCAGUCUCAGUAGGGGCGGGCCGCCGUCACGACGACUGGGGCAUGGAUACCUGUCCCCGUCGCGGUGCACCACCCCUUCCUCCUAG